AGACGGACGGCCCUUAUUUGGUCCAGCUCCGCGCUGUUUUAGCGAUAAAAACGCUGCUUUUAUGUUGAACUGAACUCAGUCAGAUGGAACCAGACGGGCGGAAUCAUUGGAUGACAGAUUGACAAGCUGGACUGGAGUUUUACUUCCAUGAAGCUUACCUGACAGAAUGAAGCUGCCAACUAUUUUCAUGGUCCUCCUCUCCACGUACCGCGGCUCCGGAUCUGCAGGCUCAUAUCCCCGUGCUCAUAAUGUCACUUGGACCUCCACCAACUUCAAAACUCUCCUGAGCUGGGAGCCCAACCCAUCAACUGAUUACUCAUACACUGUGGAGUUUUCUGUGGCUGGAGGAAACAGACAGAGGAACCAUUACUGCAUCCGCUCCAAUGCUACAGUGUGUGACCUGUCUGUCUCUCUGACUGAGCUGAACUCCUGCUACACAGCUGAUGUCCUGUCAGAGCCAACACUGGGAACCGCAUCUGAUGACACUGAGUUCCCCCAUACCACCUCACCCAGAUUUUGUCCUUGCCAAGAUACUGAGAUUGGGAGGCCUGACUUCAACCUGAAAGUGAGGGAGGACAAAAAGACCACCUUGUAUGUGACUGACCCACCCACAGCUCUGUUUAAAGAUGGUCGUCAGCUGAGCAUCAGAGAUAUCUUCUCUGAGAAGUUACAAUACAGGGUCAUGUACCGGAAAAAAAAGAGCACCGGCAUAAAAACAUAUGAGUCCAAAUCAAGUGUUAUAGAGCUUAGCAAUCUAGAUAAAGGCGAGAGCUACUGCUUCAAUGUCCAGGCCUACAUUCCUAGCCGCAGCUCUGAGAAGCGGCUUGGAGAGCUGAGUACAACCAAGUGCUCUGAUAAUGAUGACCAGUCUAUCUUUAAAGUAUAUUCUCUUGCUGUUAUUGCUGGUGGCAUUCUCCUCAUCUUGCUGGCGAUAGGUCUCAUUAUCACGGUCACUAUGAUCUUGUGGAAACAUAAGAGAACAAUUCUGUAAAGUGGGACAGAAGGAUGUCCACUGCAGGAUGUAUAAAGUCUCUCCAGCAGGAGAACCUGGCUGCGGUACAGAGCGGUGUCAACCUUCCAACGUCAAACACUGGAUUGAUCCUUCAUGAAGUUUCUGUGAAACUGCCUUCAAUAUGUCAGAGAUUUCAAAGGUUGUUCAUUUCAAGCCACAGAUACUGUUUAAAUUCAUAAUGAAACUACUUUAGAACUUCAUUGUCAUUUUUUUUAUUAUUGUCUGGUGAGCGGUACACGAGAUUAAAGAGCUGAUAUAUAUUUUUAGCUUGUGAACAUUGUAUUGUGACUAGUUAUGAGGGAUUUAUUGGCCUCUAUAAAAAAAGUUAGUGUAUUAAUAUACUGCAAAUAGCUUAUAUCUGCUGUUUAUUGUCUAUAAAUGUAAUAAAAAGGUCUGUUUAAUGGUAUUUUAGACAUCGUUUUUUAAAGUGAAAAAUGUAUAGAAUAUGAUUUAAUAUGGACAUUUUAAAAAUGUCUCUACAGUUUUAAGAAAUGAUGUUUAAAUAAAACUAACUUAUAAAUCUUA